CCCGGUCGUCGCGGCAUCAGCGUAUAGGCCGCGAUGAGCCGUCAUACCUCCAAGCGACAGCUGACGGGCUUCGGCGAGCUCCUGGACUGGCGGCCGCUGGAGUUCGCCGACACGGUGCCCAACGUGUUCUGCUGCACCUUGUGCGGAGUCCUGCCGGCGUUUCCGAAGCGGCUAACGCCCUGUUGUCACGUGUUCUGCCAGAAAUGUUUCGAGAAGCUCGCCGAACGAGAGCACCGCUGUCCCCUGGACCAAACUGCGUUCGCGGAAGACGCGGUCGAGACGCUCGACUCUGCCCACGGCGGCGUCAAUCGACUACGAGCUCGCUGCCCGAACACAUCCAGCGGCUGCCCGUUCGUCGGCGCCCUGCCGGAGCUCAAGGAGCACGUUGCCGGUCGCUGCGACCACAAUGAGGUACAGUGCCCGCGGUGCGGAGCGACCGUCCUCCAGAGGACGGCGCUCAACCACUACCUCGAGGACUGCGGCGGCAAGGGCAAGGUCGCUACGCCCGUCACGUCGGAGACUUCGAGCGUGGCAUCGGCCGAACGAUCCGAAGAAGACGCCUCUCGGAAAUCCAACCGCAGGUCUAAAUCGGCAAAGAAGCUGGACAAGGCGAAGCGUUCGGUAGGCGUCUCCGGCGGAGCUCGCAAGUCCACUUCGGUGGAGAACGCGGCGGCGGCCGACAAGCCUCAAAUCGUGGCCGCCAUCAGGUCGUUGCUCCAGGACAGCCACGGAGGUUCCAUUCGCUCGGCAACCCGCAACGCCAGCCGGACGUCCUCGAUAGAAACCUCGCUCAUAAAAAGCGACCGUAAGGGCGUCGCAUCGACCAAGCCUGACCUUCAGAGCUCAAAGAGCACGACCGCAAAAGCGUCGAAAAGCGCCGGGGGUGUCCAGGAGACUGAUAAGGAGUCCUCGGGGCAGCUGCUGGACGAGGUUGACUCGAUGCUCACGAAGGCGAUGGAGACCGCCUCAGCAGAUGUGUCAGCGGCAGCAACGCCGGCGACAGCCGAAGAGGAGGCGUCAAAGUCGUCCUCCUCAAGUUCCAGUUCCAGCAAGAAGUCGGCGUCCUCGUCGUCUUCGCCUCGUCACCGCGGGCGCAAGCACGACUCCUCCAAGAAGGCCAAGGGUGUGGCCCGCGUCGGCGCCUCCUCGCCACCCGGCUUCGCCUGCUGCUACAUCACGGGCAUCGUCGGGGCCGAGUCGCGGAUCGCGUGCGGCGAGGAGCUGGUGCUUCGCAGCGACAGCUCGCAGCUGGCCGACUGCACGUUCCGGGUGCACGCCAGGCUGCGGCGCGAUGCCGAAGGCAGCGUGCUGGUGUGCUUCACGCUGUGCCUGUGCGGGGGCACGUGGCACCAGGUGGCCGACUGGGCGCUGGCCAACAAGGUCAGCCUGCUGCUGGUGCACCCGUGGGACCAGGCGCUGAACAGGCGGCUGCCGCUCUGCCUGAACCCGGACGCCGUGGCCGUGACCAAAGGGGCGGUGCAGCAGCCGGGGCGCUGGGACUUUUGGUCCCCCACGAGCGAGCUCAAGAUGACGGAGCUCGCGGCCCGAGGGUUCGUCUCCAGCGGGGCCAUUUGCGUCGCGCUCGAGAUCGAGUGACCCUCGCGCGCUGAUAUUCUUUUUUUAUAUAUAAAAUCAUGGCGCUGCAUUUAGCGGUUGCAACGUAAUUAUGACACGGAGUCAUUUCUUUGUGCAGUGUUCUGGGAAUCGAGGCGAGCGUUCGCGUAAUUGUAGUAGUAGUGUGGUGUUCCCGAAAAGAGGCAUAGUAUCGGGCAGUGUCUCAACGCGAAGCCGGUAAGUUGCUGGCGCAUGGUUAGGUAUUGAAGUACUGACGGUUUAUUGGGAAUAAGUGGCACGUGCUGGACGUUUUUGGUGACGACGUAGUCGCUGUAGUGAUACUAAAUAACAGGCACUGGUUUGACUAGGACGUGCUAGGAUCUGCAGUUUUAUUUUCGCUUUCUUAUCUUUUGCGCCCUCCUCUCUAUGCACUCGUAGUAAAUGUUUUAUGUGAGAAUGGGCUUACUUUAGGAGGGACAUGUUUUUUUUUCUGUGUUCGCUUCAUUACAAUUUCAUUAUAGGUUUGCGCAUUCCACUCGCAUAUAUAUAGC